UUAUCAAAAUAGUUUCUGUUGCAUGUUGAUUAUCUUCCUUUGAAGGUUUAUAGCUCUUCAAUAAUCUCACCAUGUGGGCAGCUUAAUUCUCUCCUUAAUAUUUUCAGGAAUAAUAAACAAGUAGCAACUAAGUAAGUAUUUACAAGAACAUCCAAAAAGAGAGGUCAGGGCGGGACAAGGUAGUUAGGUGUGGGUUGAAAGAAAACGCAUGAUGGUAGGGGUGGAGGAGUUUCACUACAUGAGGGCCAGUCGGUUCCUCAAUUCAAGCUGUGGGGAUGGAAAUGGCAGAAAGCCAAAAGUAUCCAAAUGCCAAUUCAUAGACCUUACUAAUCUCGAGCUCUGUCAAACACACUUAAAUCUGCUCAUAAAUGCAACCGGUUUCGCGUCUCUAAUAACACUUUAAUGUGUGCCCCAACCCUUCUCCCUACUGUUCUCCACACCUCCCCUUACCCCUUCCUAUGCAAAUGUAAUCACCGCCCACUAUAAAUACACCUAUUCUGCCAUCCUCUCCUGCACUGUCACACAGGGGUCUUCAUUCACUCAAGAGACGCACUACAGGAUUACUCCUCCUUUCCAACUUCUGUCCCAGGAUGACUGCAGUGCUCUGCCCUCAUUUUAUCUACAGAAAGUCCUCCCAUUCAGCCUCUCUACUAUUUCUCCUUCUGCUUGCUGGGCCUAGCAGCACAAUAAUGCUUGGUCCUGGAAGAGUGAGGGCAGGGUCGGAGGGACGAGCGAGGGCUGAGGGUAGGGUUAGAUCUGGAGUAAAGGACAAGGGUGGGGACAGGGCAAGUAUUGAGGGAAACACUGAAACUGGAUUUGGAGAUACUCGUGUUUCUAGACCGGGAGCUGCAGCAGGAGAGGAUGGCGAGGCGUGGGGGGAGCCUGGUACUUCUACUAGGUCAAUGCUUUCUAUAGGCGAAAGUGGACUUUGGGAGCCCCGCAGUUCGUCUCGCUGUGUCCCUAUCCCAUCAGGCAUGGCCUUGUGCCAAAACAUCGGUUAUGACACCAUGAGGAUGCCUAACCUGCUGGGCCACGAGUCUCCAGCUGAGGCUGUACAACAGAGCGCCAGCUGGUUGCCACUACUUGCCAGAGAGUGCCACCCCGAUGCCCGCAUCUUUCUCUGCUCUCUCUUUGCACCUAUUUGCCUUGACAGGUUUAUAUCACCCUGCAGGAGUUUAUGUGAAUCUGUGCGGGACAGCUGUGCACCAAUCAUGAGUUGUUAUGGCUACCCCUGGCCAGAAAUUCUACGCUGUGACCAGUAUCCUGCAGACCAUCUCAUGUGUAUCUCUUCAAUCACCAACACUACUGUUCAAACAGGGGGCCGUAGAGUUCCCCAGGCAAGCUGUCGGGAUUGUGAGCUGGAGGAGACCUCCUCUUCAAAAGAUACACUGGAGACCUUUUGUAGAAGUGAUUUUGUUGUGAAACUGCGUCUAACACGGCUGAAAUACAGUCCAGUAAGCCUGUCUCAGUUCUCACUGGCUGCCAAACUGGACGUUCUGAAGCACGGACCCCUGUUAGGUGGGCAGAUCCGCUCACGCAUCCAGCUGUGGCUGGAGAGAGAUGCCACCUGUGUAAGGAACAUGACGCGCAACUACCCACGAGGCGGGACGUUCCUAGUGACAGGCACAGUGCAAGGGGAGCGCCUGGUGGUCAAUAAGGCUUACGCCUGGCAAAGACGAGACAAAAACCUGACGGCAGCCGCACGCAAAUGGAAACAUCACAGAUGCAGGAGCUAGGAUUAUAUGCUUAGAAAAUUCAAAAAAGAACU